GAUUCACCCCCCAAAAUUACUCAUUUUAAUUGUACUACGUUUUGUAUACACAGUUUACAGUAGCGCAUUCCAGGUCCACAUUUUCAAAUGGAGGAAACUGACGGAUCUCCAGCGCCGAUGGCGGAGCCGGUGAACGAAAGACCGAGGAGGAACAAGAGAAAGUCGUCGGUGGCGGAUAGCGACGCGUCUCCAGAGCGCAAUUUCAAACGGCCGUCUUUGAGACGAGGAAGUUCUUUUACUUUCCUGACACCUGGACCCCAGUGGGACUUCACGCUGAAACGCAAGCGUAGAGAGAAGGACGAUGCAGACGCUGUCAGUCUAUGCAGCUUUGACUUCAAGGAACCCUGUACUAAGCGUGUGCGGCCUCUCGGCCGAGUGACCUCGCUGGCGAACCUCAUCUCUCCCGUGAAGAAUGGGGCCGUCCGACGCUUCGGCCAGACCCUCCAGGCCUCGUUUCGGGGCGACGGUCGGUCUCCGGGUGUGCCCCAGCAGAAACCCUGCAGCAAGGCUGCGGCUCCCACACCACCCAAGCGACGAAACAGCAUGCUCUGGUCUGAGACCCUGGACGUCCAUCAGAAAGGAACCUUUUCCACCAAAGAGAUUAAGAGACAAGAGGCUAUUUUUGAGCUGUCUCGAGGAGAACAGGACCUGAUUGAAGACCUGAAAUUAGCCCGAAAGGCGUACCAUGAUCCAAUGCUGAAACUUUCUAUCAUGUCUGAGGAGGAGCUGACAGCCAUCUUUGGAGACUUAGAUGCGUAUAUUCCUCUUCAUGAAGAUCUUCUCGCUCAUUUGGCGAAGGCUACAGGCCCAGAUGGCACAGUGGGACAGAUAGGCAAGAUUGUUGUGGACUGGCUGCCAAGGUUAAAUGCGUACAGGGCAUAUUGCAGUAACCAGCUGGCCGCCAAAGCCUUGCUUGACCAGAAGAAACAGGACCCAAGAGUUCAGGACUUCCUACAGCGCUGCCUUGAGUCACCUUUCAGCAGGAAACUAGACUUGUGGAGCUUCUUAGACAUCCCUCGUUCACGACUGGUCAAAUACCCCCUUCUUCUGAAAGAGAUUUUAAGACACACACCGCCAGAUCACCCAGACACAGCAAGCCUUGAGCAGGCAAUAAGCAUCAUUCAGGCCGUGUUGGCUGACAUAAACAUGAAGAAAGGGGAGUCUGAGUGUCAGUACUAUAUCGAUAAGCUGGAAUAUUUGGAUGACAGACAGAAAGACCCUCGCAUAGAGCAGUGCAAGAGCCUGCUUUGCCAUGGGGAACUUCGCAACAAAAGUGGCACGAAGUUGCAUGUGUUUCUCUUCACGGAGGUUCUGGUCUUGACCCGGCCUGUUACGCGGAACGAUCGGCAUUGUUUCCAGGUGUACCGCCAGCCGAUCCCAGUGCAGGAUCUCGUAUUGGAAGACCUGCAGGAUGGAGACGUCCGCAUGGGCGGCUCAUUCCGAGGGGCCUUUAGUAAUGCCGAUAAAGCCAAGAACAUCUUCCGGGUACGCUUCCAGGACCCAUCUCAGGGCCAGUCCCACACACUGCAGGUCAAUGACGUCUUCCACAAGCAACAGUGGAUCAAUUGCCUCCGCACUGCCAUGUCGACCCAGAAAGAUUCGCCGCUCCCUGAGAGUGAAUCCUUGUCCACCCCUGCCAGUACCGACAUUUGCACCAAACGGCGCUCGUCUUCCGUCUCCGCCAUCAUCCAUAUGGAAGAGACGAAUGAGAACUGUCCACGGGCCGUGGUCUCCGCCCCUUCGUCCCCUAGCUCUGAGGAGCCCCCCAGCCCCACACCCUCUGCAACCUCCACUCUCUCCUCGUCCUCUUCAUCAUCUUCAAUUUCCGCCCCCUUCCUGCCCCGCAAAUCCAAAAAGGACAAGCGUUCAAUCUGCUCGUUGGGCAAGAGAAAGGAGACCAUGGUGUAAAGACUAAGCUAUCCCAGGGUGCACAUGGAGUGGCACUGUGUGGAGGACUUGUAUUUAUGUGCGUGUAUGGACUGUGUGUUUCUACAGCAGUGUUUCUGUUACUGUCCACAAUGGCAGCUAUUAUUACCAAAUCCCUCCCCCCAAAACCCUCCCAGGUCCAUGUGGGCCGCACCAGUACCAGAAAGACAGUAUUCGUGAGGCCAAAGCGCAAGAUCACACAUCUAGUCUUGUUUAUUGUUAGUUUGGUCAUAUGUGUGAUUUUUUUUUUUUUGUAAUUAAAGUUUUACUUUUUUUAAACUUAUCAAUAAGAUAUUUACUGUAGCUCUUUUUUGUUUUUAUUAAAAGCACUGUGUUUAGCUUUUAGAAGGGAAGAAUACCCACUGAGAAAAAAAGAUGACAUAUCCAAAGCAAUGAAUACUUUGUAAAAGUCUGAUUCAUAGCUCUACUGGAAGGCAAGUCUUACAAGUACAUUCCCAUUAAACAGAUGUUUUAUCAGCUCCAUUUUAUAUUUAAAUCAGAAGGUAUCAUUUUUAUCAAGACAAAAUGCUAAUUAAUGUUAAUGCAGAAAUCAAAUCUGAGCCAUAUGUUCCCCCCCAAAUGAUGGAUGAAUAUUUCAAUGUAGCAUCUUGCAUGGAGCUUUACUUGUUGAGCCCUGCCUGUAUUAUCAUGAGGGCCCAGUGCAUGUACAUGCUUGUCAAAGCAGAAAGUUGUUGUAGAAACGGACUGUCGGAUAGAAGAAAUGUUGAAUGAGGGCUUGAGAAAUGUUGAUGUGAGAUUUAGAAGGAAACUUUGGAAUAGAGUUGGAUAUGACUAGAUGGACUUGAUGAUUGGCGCGACUCGAUAUUAGCAACCAUUCAUGGACAUUGGUUUGCUGUUAUUCAUAUUUUCGUAGUGUCUUCAUGAAGUAGGAAUGUUUGAUACACUGGUUUUAAAAGCCAAGAUUUUGUUUUGAGAAGGAAAAUGAAAGUAUGUUUAGGAGAAUGAACAGUUUAAAGAAGGUUAAAGUAUGUUAUGACCACUUCAAAAUGUCUGUAAAAGUUUGUAAAUGAGAAGGGAUGUACAUUAUUGAGAAGGACUGCGGUGUACAGUAUGUGGUGUAAAAAUCAACUAUUAAAAGAACAAUAAAGGUCUGUGUAAGAUUUGCAUCUGA